AUGGAUUUGAAUGACGUCGCUAACAAUUCCACUUUUAUUAUCGUGAGGAACGCCCUAGAGCACGACUUCCCGAAAGAUCUGACACAGCUCCAAGUGCCUCCAGUAGCUCUGUACAGCGCUUUGAUGCGAUUGAUUGACACGCUAAAAGAGCCAUUGAUUCCCUCCAGUCAACUGCGUGAAAUACGGGUAGCCAGUAACGAUCCAACAGCUUUAUGGAAAAUUAUUUCUUCGACCCACUGUGAAUUGCUGCUUUCUAUGAAUAUAUCCCUUGACGAUACUCGUGAAACUCAUGUGCACAAUUUCCAUCAGCAGCGACAGCUGGUUGCAUGGGCGGAUGUGCUGUUCCGUGGUGGCGCUCUGCUGACCACCGUACCUCAUCUGGAACCACGGGUGGUAGCAUUGCGCAGCUUGUGUGCCUAUAGAAGGGACGUGGCUAUUUUUGGGAUUUCGUAA